AGGCGCCAUCUGUGGCUAUUAUAUAAGGACUUUAACGCACACAUUCAGCAUCACACUUGUUCUAGUCUUCAAACAAGUAACUUCUACAACCAUGCGUGUGCUAUUGGUCGUGUUGGCGCUGGUGUGUGGUGUCUGCUACGCUGGACGUGUUGGCUACGGCGGUAGAGGAAUAGGCUUCAAUGGUGAAAACUUCGGUGGAUUCGGUGGUCAUGGCUUCGGAGGCUCCCAUAUUGGAAGACACGGAGGAGGCUACUAUGGUAGAAACUUACGUUUUGGAGGCUUCAAUCGUGGAAGCUUCGGUGGUCAUCGUUACGGUAGAUUUGAUGGCUACUUCGGGGGUAGUAGUGGCUUAAACUUCCACAGAACCUCUGGUUUUAAUGGUUUCAGUGGUCCUGGACUCUACGGUGGAUCGAGGUCUUACGGUUACGGACGCAAAUGAGAUGGGUAACACCAGGCUGCCCCAGGGAGGACCAGUACCAGGCUUCCCUAGGGAGGACCAGUACCAGGCUUCCCUGGGAAGGACCAGUACCAGGCUUCCUGCACUACUACGAGAAUAAAACUCGUGACAAAUUAAA